GGACCGUUGACGUCGAACGAUCUUGAAAAGGCUAAACGCGCGAAAUACAUACGACACACGCGUAUAUAUAUAUAUAUAUAUAUACAUGCAGUUUUCCAGUCGAUCGAACGAAGUCAACAUCGAGAAUAGUCAGUAAUCUUUGAUUAGAAGAACAAGGCGAAGAGGAAGACGAACAAGUAGAAGGAAAAGAAGAAGAAGAAGAAGAAAAGGAAGAGGAAGAGGAAGAAGAACGGUGGCAGAGUUUUAAAGAAUUUUUCACUUUGCAAAGGCUUCUCGUUGAAAGGUCUUGAUUUGAACAUCAUCGAGUUUUAACAACGAUAAUCAGAUUCGACCACCGACCGAGACAUCGACGUUGAAACGAACGACACGCUUUCCCCCUCUAUUUUUACGCUCUAAGGAAGCUCGAAAGGAAGAAAAAAGAAAAAAAAAUCGACUAACUUUCGAAAUCCGACCGGCGGUUGUAUACGGAAACGAAUAUUAACCUAUACGUGUCCGUACGUUCAGAAAUUGUUUUCGAGAAUUAAAUAAUUAAAGCGUAGUAGUAAGUAACGUCGUUUUCUUCGGUGAUCCAAGUUGGUAAUUUAUUCGAAUAUUUUGGAUUAAGAAUAUUCCUUUUUGUUCUUCUAUUCGAAUUGUUUUUCUUUCAUCCUCAUUUUUUCUCUCGCAACCACAUCACCAACACUAACACCAACGCUAACACCACACCGUUGUAGCAGCCACGCCGACACCAAGUUCUCAGAGUCGUUUGAACUUUCUAGAGACAGAAGGCGCGUGGAGUUUCGUUUGAAAGAGUGUUAGGGAGUGAGGGGAAGAAAGACAGAAAGAAAGAAAGAAAGAAAGAAAGAAAAAAAGAAAAAGAAAGGGAUAGAGAGGGAGAAGAAGGCAAAGAGAAAAAGAAAGAAACGAGAAGUGGGAAAGAGAAGGGAGGUAGAAAAAUAUAAAAGAAGGACUGCGCGUAUAUUGUAACGACAACAAUAACAAAGAUGGCGUUUAUGAUGCCUGUGAUGAAAAAUGAGUGGGACAUUUAUAAAACCAAUCGAAGCCGUAGAUCUUCCGAAUGUUCGAAUCCUCGUGCCUGCCGCAGUAGAAAGGUAUCGGAAUGUUCGAAGUCUGCGGGUCCGUCAUUGUCGACGUCACCGGGUUCGGAUUUUUUAACUUCGCCAGCCCAUCGUUCUAUACCCUUGACUUCUCGACAUUUUUCAAGAGCAUCCUCGAGAGCGUCUCAGAGCUCGCUACAGAGCCCGAGCAAAAGUACCGGCUCCUCACCCCCAAAGACCGGUAGUUCCAAUUCCCUCAACAAGUUUCACAUUUGUCUCGUCGAUAAGCUCAAGAGAAGUUUGAAGAAAGGGGACGACGACGAGGAAGAUCAAAGGAAUCUAUCAUGAAACAGUCCCGGGGUUUCGAGACGGACACGAGUGUCCGCUUCGAAACCGAUCGAGAUCCGUCGAACUUCGGCGCCCGUCGCGACAUUCGAGCCGAAUAGCGGAGUGGUGGCGCGAUCGUGUCCGGAUCAGCCUUCGGCGUGGUAAAUCAGAUAAAAACAAACACACACACACACAAAAUAACAAAUAAAAUAAAGAACGCGAGAAGAAACGAUCGGGAAACGAAGAUCGAGAAAGAAAAUAUGAUUGGGGGUAUAUUAUCAGCCGCGGGAGAGGAACAUUAUGAAUGAUAAUUACGAAGAAACGAGGAAAACGAAUCGAACGAAUUCGAUGAAGGAACGAUCUUGAAAUAUUAACAACACGAUGACGAUGAUGAUGAUGACGAUGACGAUGAUGAUUCAUUUUCUUGCAUUAUAUCAUCGAUAAAUAUAGAAAAUAGAGUAGAAUUUACUACUCUCUUUCUCUCUCUCUCUUUUUCUCUCUCUUUCUCUCUCUCUCUCUCUCUCUCUUUCUCUCGUUUUCCCCCAACAAUUUUUCUUUCCUUCCUUUGAUAAGCUACGUUCGAAGAUUCGUGACAAGAAAGAAAAAAAAGGAAAAAGAUGGGAGAUUCGUGGCUGUUUUUUGUUCCUUCUUCUUUUUUUCCAACGAAAUCUAAUUAUCUAUGAAGAGAAGAAAACCAUUGGGAUUUCCCGAACGUUAUCAUCGAAGAAAGAAGGCUCUGAUAUCGAUAUAUAUAUAUAUUGUGCUUGAUAACGAUGAGAAAAUCUGUUUAGAAUCGUCGCCGAUCGUCGCAGCUUUCUUCUUGAAGGUUGAACGAACAAGGAAGAAAAAAUGGAAGCUGCCUGAUGUUGUUGCGUGCAGUUUUCGGUGCAUCUACUUUGGUGCACCAGACACGACUAGGAUCGAGGUCAGUGCCAAUCCAGAACGACGUUUCGCCAAUUUACCGAUAACAUCUUUUUUUCUUUCUUUUUUUUUCUUUUUUGUUUGAUUUUUUCUUAACUUUCUAAUCAUUUUUUUUAACCAUAUCCCGCCAUUCCCCAUGAAAGAUCAAAAGAAAGGAUUUUUCCUUUCUUCCAAAUUCAUUGGAAAAGAAAAAAGUUUUACGUUGUUUUUUAUUUUUUUAUUUUUUUUUAUUUUUUAAGAAUCGUUCCAUCAUUCAAAUUCGUUCAAUUGAUUAUUAAAGUUCCUUCUUGUACUUAAGCCGUUUAAAAUCAAUUAAGAAUCGUCAAAUAUGAGUUCCGAAAAGAUCGAAUUUGCUUUUCUCUCUCUUUUUUUUUCUUCUUUUUUUUUGUUUUUCGAAUUCCUCGCAAAAAUCUCUUAAAGAUCACGGUUAUACUUCGAAAGAGGAAAAAAAAAUAGUGAAGUCUAGUUGGAGCGAGAGAACGUCUCGAGGAUAUGAUAUGAUGCUGCGUACCUAAUAAUAAGUUCGGAUUAGAGAAAUAGUUCGAGUGUGCCGAUUUUUAGAGCCUAUUACGAAAAUGACAUAAGCGUGCCUGGUGCGUAUGGAAAUCAGGAUUAGAUUUAAGAAAUGAUCCACUUAUUAUCACAUCAAUCAAUUUAUUUAUUUAUUUAUUUUUUUUUUACGAAAUUCGAUCUUGUUUUUUAAUACCUAUUUAAAAUUGUUGAUUUUUUUUCUUUCUUUUUUCAUUUUUUUUUAUACAUGCAUAUUUUUUCUAAGUCGGAUUCAAUAACGUUUGUUGCUUAAGAAAAGAUUAAAUAAAAUAAAAAAGGGAUAUGAUUUUUUUUAUCUACAUUACAUUUUAUUAUUACACAUGGAGUAUAGAAAAGUUCUUAGGUGAUUUAAAAAAAAUGAAUUGUAAUCUUUAUCGAAAAUUUCUUAUUUUAAGCAAAAUUCUUUUCCAGACUGUAAAAUUACAAGUCUAUGAAAUUUUGACUCGCUUAAGAACUUUAUACUGAACCUGUGUAUAUUAUCAUAUAUAUAUAUAUUUUUCUUUUUCUACAAUUGAAUGAAAAUAAGUGGAUUAUUAUUACCAACGAAACGACGUUGAUUUGGCACAGAGUAUAAUCGCUUUAACAAAAAAAAAAGAAAGUAUGGCUUUUAUUAACGGAGAGAUAUUUUUCAUAUAAGACGUAAACGUACACAUCAGUGUUAAAAGAAAAAGGAAAAAAGGGAAAAAAAAAGAAAGUUUUUUCUUCAACGUACCCCAAUCUCCCACGCCCCCGUUUUACUCUUCCGAGAGUGGAGCACCCUCGAAUUCGUUGCUUUCGAUUUUCUUUGAGAAGAAAAAAAAAAAGAAAAAAAAAGAUAAGAAUAAUUGAGACGAGUAGCAUCGACCACCAAAGUUUCAAAGACUCGUAAAUAGAAAGUAAAAGUGAAUGUGUCGCGUUUUGUAGAUUAUUCGCUUUCUUUUUUUAUUUCUCUCUCUUGUUUUUAUAAAUAUAUAUAUAUAUAUAUAUAUAUAUAUAUAUAUAUAUAUAUGUAUGUAUAUAUUAUAUAUAAAAUAUCGAUCGGCGAGAAUAUAUAGAAAUAUUUUAUCACUUAACAAUUGUUACCUAUAUAUUAUAAUUACGCUAAUAUUUUCAUUUUUUAAGAUAAAAAAAAAUUUUUGAAUAAUUUCGGAUGCAGAACGACGUUUUUCGACGACCUCGGAGGAAUGUUUCUUUUAUUUUCUUAAAAAAAAAAAAAAAACAAAAAAAAAACAAGAAAGAAAGAAUUAAAUGAAAAAACGAAAAUUACGCAAAUGAUUCGAAAGAUCGGUAUAAAGAAAAAAGAAGAAAUACUAUGCGUAGUUGAAAAUUAAAUUCGAAAAUCAAAUCUCAAAGAUAGUUUAUUUUGUUUAAUUUUUUUUUCUUUUCUUCAUUGUUAAUCUUUUUUUUCUUACAUUUUAUUUUUUUUAUUUUCUUCCUCUCUUUAAAUUUCUUCUCUUUAAAUAAGAAAAAGGUGUCGCACAUAAAUUACUGUCGAUCGAAUUCUAAUUGUCGAAUUAUUAAUGUUACGAUUAUUGACAUUGUCAAUCCGUUUUAUAUCGUUGGCUUGUGUGAUUAUUACUUUUAUUUUCCUUUUUUUCCAGUAUUAAGAUCGUUCGAUAAGAAACACACGUUACGUCGUUGAACGUGAAACGAGAUGGACUGUCCGUCGAGGGAACGGUCGACGUCUUCUGCGUCCAUAUCCGCUUUUCUUCGAGAGAGCGGCUAAUUGUUUAAAAAAAGAUCUAUAUGUAUAUACGUAUAUACACACAUAUAUAUAAAUAAAGAAAUAAUUAAAUAAAUAUUAAUAUAUAUAUAUGUAUGUAUGUAUGUAUGUAUAAAUAAAUAAAUAAAUAUCGUGCUUUUUUCUAUCUUUUGCGCGUAUUAAAUUAAAAACGAGAUAUUGGGAGCGAUCAAAUGAUACCGCGUGUAACUCUGUGAUACCGUAAGCUAUAAGGCAUAGAAUUAUUUUGCAACGAUAAACGGAGAUAAGAAGAGAGAGAAGUUAUGGAAUAGUCGAGAAAAUAAAUUUUCAAGCUGAAAUCCAAUUGAUCAAAGGCGUUACGAUAUAUUCGAUCCUUUUGAUUCGAUCAAAAAAAGAAAAAAAAAUCAAAUUAUUCAAAGUCGAUCAAAUAGUUUCAAUAUAUUUUCCCUCAUUUCCCUAUCCUUUGAUAUUAAAUGUCGAGAAAGUAAAUUUCAAAAGUAAAAUCGAUCAAAGAGCUUCGAUAUUUUCGAUCCUUUUGAUAUCAAAAGGAUCGAAUAGAACGAUACAAUCUGUGUUGCUAUACUUAUAUUAUUAUUUAUUUACAUAACUAUUUCCAUUUACAACUUCCAAAUCGAUCAAAAGAGUCGAUAUUUUCGAUCCUUUGAUUCGACAAAAAUCAAAUGAUUCAAAUCGUUCAAAGAUAUUUUCGAUCCUUUGAUUCGAAAUAAAAAUCUAACGAUCGAUAUUCGAUUAAAGAGCUUCGAUAUUUCCGAUCUUCUUGAUAUCAAAAGGAUCAAAUAGAACGAGACAGUCUUUGUAGCUAUUAUCUACUAUUAUCAUCUAUACACUUAAACUUAGUUUUUUUUUUUCUAUUCACAAGUUUUCAUAUUGUACGUUAAUCGAUUUGAUAUCUUUAAAUAGAACGUUAAAUCUUCGAAUUUUAUUCAUAGUUAUCUGAUGGAUAUAUAAUGUUUCUCACCUUUUCCUUUUCUCCCGGGAAAAUAUGUAUCGAGACAUUUGCAAAAAUAAUAAUAACAAUAAUAAUAAUAAUAAAAAGAUAAUAAAAUAGAAAAAGAAAAGAUCAUUGGUUCGAACUUUCUGUACCUAAGAGAAUUGUAAAUCAUUUUCAUAUCCGAAUUAAAAAAAAAAAAUAAUCAAAAAAUAAAAUAAAAAAGAAUAGAUCAUUGAUCGAGAACUAUAAAAGAAAAAAUCGAGUAAAUCGUUUUUCAUAUCUAUCUGUCUCUUUUUCUUUCUUUCUCUGUCUCUCUCUCUCUCUCUCUCUCUCUCUGUCUCUCUCUCGGCCGAAAUAAAUAAAUAAAAAAAAGAUUAAUUAAAAAUAAAUGAGAGUUAUAACGACGAUAUAUAUAUAUAUAUAUAUAUAUAUAUAUAUAUAUAUAUAUAUAUAUACGCAUAUAUAUAUAUAUAUGCGUAUGAUAGUCGAGAUGUAUAUGUAAUCGUGCGGAAAAUUUUGAAAAUUUGGAUCCAAGUCGUCGUCGUCCUGCAUGUGUUUGUCCAGAAUGUGAAUAACGAAAGAUGAUAAUUCAAAAGUAUCACGUAAAGAUCGGAUAUUAAGAAAAGGAGGAGGAAGAAAAAGGAGGAGGAGAAGGAGGAGGAAGAAGAAGAUGAUUUGACGAGUUAAGACGAAAGUAUGUAGAGAAGGAGGAAGAAGGAAGAGGAAAAAGAUGAAGUCGUUUUAGAGUCGCAUAAAACGAAUAAUUUCCAAAAGUUGCCGCUUUGUGUAAGACUGCUUUAGAGAUAAAGAAAAAAAAAAUAAAUAAAAAAGAAAAAAGAGAAAAAGAUGAUUACGAGAUGAAUAGAAAAAUAAAAAGAUAAAAAAAAUAAUAAAAAAAUUAAAAAAAAAAUUAAAAAAAAAUUAAAAAAAGAAAUAAAAAAACAAUAAAAAUAUAGUCGUAUAUAAAAUAGGGUAUCGAAGUAUAAUGUGCAGCUGUUGGACGAGAGUUAUCGAGACGUGAACAUUUGCUCUAUCUUUUUCUCUCUCUCUCUUUCUCUCUCUCUCUCUCUCUCUCUCUCUUUCUAUCUGUCUAUAUCUAUAUCUUUGUUUCUGUCUGUAUUUCUAUUUCUGUCUCUUUAAAUUAAAUGAUAUCAACAAAAAUCGUCUCGAUGACUUCGUCGAAUAAUUUGUACUGAUUAGAAAGAAAGAUGAAAAAUAAUUAGUGUUUAACUUUAGUGUUUUAGAUGAACGACGAGAUAUGUAUUAUAAUAUAACGUUCUAUUUAUUGAACGGCGGCCUCGGGUUAUGGAAGAAAAUUAGAUCGAGCUCCUUUCUUUUUUUACUAAUAGUUAUUUUCUUCUUGCUUGGGUAUAUGUUUUACAUUUUUAUUAAAAAUAUAAAAGAGACAAUAUAUAUAUAUAUAUUAUAUAUAUAGUAUUGUAUUAUAUUAAAUAAUAAAAUUAUUCAUUAAACAAAAAAUUAGUACUUACUUUCUCUAAUAAUACGAACAUAUCUUAUCAGACGAAUACUUAAUUCUAUCACUCGAUCUUAUUUUUGUUCUAUGAUUACAAAGUUCGCGCGAUCAUAAUAAUAUAAUAAUAAUAAUAAUAAUAAUAAUAAUAAUAAUAAUAAUAAUAAUAAUAAUAAUAAUAAUAGUAAAUAAUAUAAUAACAACAACAAUAAUAAUAAUAAUUAUAUACAUAUGAUCGCAUAUACAAAAAUAUAUACAUACAUAUAUAUUGUAUGUACUAUGUUCAACGAUAAUUUAUUAUUCGAUGCUUUGAUCGACUAUCUUUUUGUAAUUAUUAUACUAUUACUAUUAAUAUUUUAUGAUUAUACGUUGAUAUCUUCAUUCGGGACAUUUUGAGCGGAUUUUUAGCGCGUGGUUGAGGAGACUCCAUUAUGAUAAUCGAUGAUCCAUAGAUCACUGGACUAAAUAAUAUUAAUAAUUUCAAUGUUGAUUGAAUUUUCCAUUCCCUUUUAUUUCUUUAUUCUUUUUUUUAAUUUUAAUUUUAUAUCCAUCAUCACUAUUAUAUGUACACGUAUGUUCUGAAAGACCUCUUAACAAUUCACGUGUUCUCUCUCUUUCUCUUUUUUUUUUCUUUUUUUAAUUUCUUUUUAUACCUUUUAUUUGAGGAGUAAAAUAGGUCAGAUGGUCUAAAUCGAUUAUUUACACCCCCUUUGUUAACACCGCAAAAGGGAGAAGAAGAAAGAGGCUUUUAAUUCUGUUGAAUAAAAGGAGUCCGGUUUUUCGAAAUAAACUUUCUCGUAUAUAUGUAUACACACAUCGUUGAUCAUUUUCAAGGAUACGUUUUCUCCUCAUCCAUAGCGAUUGAAUGUCACUGCCAAAAGCCCAGGAUUAAAACAAAGCAAGAUAGUGCAAAAUAAACAAAGCGUAUGCGGCGAAGCGGACUCGCGAAAAAGCGAAAUUAUCCAACACCACGCUAUUGUUCCUUGUAAUUUAUUUUCAUUUAAUUUUAAUUUUAAUUUUUAUUCGUAUUUGUAUUUGUAUAUGUAUAUGUAUUUGUAUUUUCAUUUUUAUUUUUAUUUUUUGAUUAAUAAAUAUUACUCGUAAAGCUCGGCUCCAUUUGGAAUGUUCGUGAAAACGGAAUCCCACGUGGCUCGAUUUAUUUUAUCGAUUAACAUUUA